AUGAAGCUGAGGGGCGCAACGAAUGGCAGUGCUCGACGGCCUCCCUCACGGAACUCGACGCACAGCUGGGCCUCACGAUGUCUCCAGAGUGGGCCACCGCUCGUUCUCGCCGCGGCCGUGCAGCCGCGCUUAGGCGGGGUCAAGCACAGCAUCAAAGCCAACAAGCAGGUCAAUGCCGUGCGCGACCGCAGAGAGGAGAGGCAGACAAGUCUGCAUCCUUGCGCAUAUGCAGAGCCCCGACAGCAGGAUGCGGUUGACAGCAUACCCUCCUCUCCCGCUGCCAACAUCCACCAGCGAGGCUCGUCUGCUGCAGGGGGCACGGCCCACUAA